AUGGCAACUGUAGCUCAGUUUGAUCAUCCUAACCCUAUGAAAUUGGUUUCCAGUUGGGCUAGCGUAACCGAGAUUCAAAUGAUGUUUGAGCUGAUGGAUGGAUCUUUGAAAGAUUUUUACACUGAUGAAAAGAAUGUGAUCGCACACAUUGCGCAACAAAUAUUGAUGGGUUUGAGUUAUCUACGGGACAAGAGAAUUGUCCACAGAUACUUGAAGCUAGCGAACGUAUUGAGAAAUAAUGACGACAAUGUUAAGAUUGCAGAUUUUGGUUUGAGUAGGAGUUUGGACAUCGACAAGAGUGACGUUUGGAGUUUGGGGAUCUUAUUGCUGGAAAUUGAUAUGGGGCAUUUCCUUUUUCCCCGAAUUGAUAAGCUUCAGACUUACAACGAGAUUAUUAAUGACUUCAUUGUUCCUGAGUUGCCCAAUUCUACCUCACAGUUCCGGGAUUUUGUUCAGCGAUGUUUGAUUAGGGAUAUAGACUCCAGGGCAUCUGUUGAUGAUCUAUUGGGUCACAAUUUCUUGCAUAUAUUUCAUUAG